AUUUUUAGUUAAUAUGUAAUAAACUAAAAAGUAGUUCUCCGCCGGUGAUUUUCAACCGCACGCUCUUCUCCACCGUCCGACUCCAAAACCAGCAGUUGGAUGAAAUUGCAUCGAAUAAUUAGUGAGUAUAUUAGUGAGAAAAUUGAUCGUGGAAGGAGCUUUAAUAAGCUGAAUGCAGCAUUUGGUCAAUUAGGGAGAAAAUUGAUAAUUUCAUUAGAUCAAUGUUAAAACAAAUAAAAUUUAUAGUACCGACAUAACUAAAUCUAAAUCCUCAUACUCCUUCAGGCAAAGCUUAACAUGUUCCAUUCUUGGUUGUUACUUACUCUGUUCAAGAAAUUUAUGAUAGUUUACAGCCUUUCUCUCAAGUUUGAGUAACACAGGUUGUAACAAUGCAGCUUGAUGUGGAUCUUUUGGAUGAUUUCCUCUCUGAUUCCAAGACAAAUAACACAGGUCAUAAGUUCCGGCCUAAGAUGAAGGCUCAGCCUCGAAAGGGCGGAACUAGAGGAGUUGCGUCCGGUUUUUCAAAUUUAAUGGACAGAACAGUUUUAUGCUCUAUCGAGGAGGAUCCUUCGCUGUCAGCUGUCCAGGACUCUUUGCAAUCAGAGAAUGUGGUUACAGAUGGAAAUGGGGAUUGGCAAUCUAGCUUGGGGAAAUCCUUAGGAGAGAAUGCAGACAUAUUUUCUGUGUUGGAAUGUCUUGAUGAUUUUAUUACUGAAACUACAUGUGAUUUAGCAGGGAGUGAGACGAGCAAGCCACAGUCUAAGGUUCAUACGAACGAAAAUUUGAGUUUUCCUGCUGAUCCAUCAUUUGACUCUUCAUCAUUUACAAUAUGUGAUGUUGCACCAUCUCAAAUUUGUUCUGAUUAUCAUUCAACACAAGAUCCAGUGUCCUUCAGUAAUACUACUGUUUCUGACGAACCAGAGGAAGCUCAGAGUAACGAUGGAAGGUCAAAAACAAUGGUUGCUGAGAACUUGUUUGAUUUCGAAGUGUAUGAGGGAAAUGUUGCAUCUGGUCAAUGUGCUGGCAAAUUUCAACCCAACCCCAAGUUGGGGAAAGGGAAAAAGAAACCUAGUACAAGGGAACCUCAAGCUGAAGUUAGUUCUGGUGUGCCUUAUGUCCAUAAUGUUCCUCAAGUGAACUCUAUCUUGGAAUUUCCAAGUGAAGGGGAUGCAGAACCAACCAAUUUUGCAAAAGCUACCUACUCAGAAGUGGUAGAAGAUGACCCUGUAGUGGAAGAAGUGAGCCAAAUGGUCUUAGAAGAAGCCAAAGAUCUUCUGCUGCUAUGCAGGAAAUUGAAGAAGAUUUAGGGCAGCUUUUUGAAGAAGAGGAUAAUGAUGAGGAAUAUAGAGUGGAUAAUAAAUCUAAAAAGAAAAAGGCUGUAAGAAAGUUAGAGGAACCUGCUUCUGGAAAAGAGAAACCUGUUAGAAAGCGCAAAAGAUCGAAGCAAGCAUCA